AUGCCCGCUAUACCCACUUUAUCCAAAAUUUGUGAACGGUUUGUUACAGACUGGUUACUUAAGUCAAUUGGUGCAAAUAUUGAUACGCGGCAGUUUGGCUCCGUUAAAAAUUCCUCGGCUACUCAUGCCCUACUGAGCCUGACCCAUCACCUCCUGAGUGCUACAGAUGCUUCAAGCAAUGCGGUGAGAGUAUUCUUGCUUGAUUUUGAAAAAGCUUUUGAUCGAAUAGAUCACAACAUACUGGUGAAUAAGCUACAACAAAUGAGUGUUUCCCAAACCAUUAUAAAUUGGAUUAGAAGUUUUCUCUCUGAUUGAUUGAAAUGGAACGAGCAUGUGAACCAUAUUGUUAAAAAAGCGGGAAAACGCCUUUAUAUGCUAAGGUUGUUAAAACGGUCAAAUGCCGACAAUAGCAUUCUAAUUUUGGUAUACUGCACCAUUAUCAGACCAGUACUUGAAUAUGCCUGCCAAGUUUGGCACUUCAAUAUUACAGAAUACCUAAGUGAAGAUAUCGAAAAACUCCAGAAGCGGGCUCUGCGUAUUGUCUUGCCAUUCGCUACUUACAGAGAAGCUUGCAGUAUUACUGGUAUACCCUUACUGAAAGAUCGGCGGCGAUUAUUAUGCGAACGUUUUUUUGUUAAAAAUGCACAUGGAGACAAAUUGGGUGACCUCUUACCGCCUAAUCUUGAACAUAACUAUAAUACACGUUAUGGAAGCGAUUAUAAUAACUAUAGUUGUAAAACGGACAGAUUUAUGAAAUCGUUUUUUCCACAGAUGGUUUCAUAUAUGAAUAGACCAUAAUUUUAAUAUUUUUAAAUUUGAACUCUAUAACUUUUUCAACUGAAGUUAUGAAUAAUUUUAUGCAUUUAGAUAUUCAUAUUGUAGUAUAAUGAGACUUUUUACUGAUGUAAUUUAACCUAAAGGUUACAAAUCGGUAUUUUAUUAAAUUAUUAUUAAUUAUACGGGCCACUCUCACUUGCCUAAACGCAAAUAAUGUCCCCGCUCUCCGGGCCCAACAUACAAUAUCUAAAAAGAAUAUCAAUCUAAAGGAAAUAGACCUAUUUGAUAAAUACUAUACCUUAUUCGUACUUAAUUUCGCACAUCUAUGAAACUGGUUUUGCUCAUUGUUCGGGGCCCCUAAAAGGCCCUAAAAACUGGGCCUUUCCCUUUUUACUUACAAUUUAAGUCAUAUCAGAAUCUAUGGUCUAUACUGAAUGCUUAAAAAAUGGAACAUCUAAACGGUUUACAAUAACUUUGAAGAAAAUAAAACAGUGACCUAAUAAGACUAAUAACACAAGAGAUUGUCAGUUCGUUCGCAAAAUUAUCAGUUCGCUUUCAUUGCUCAUUCCCAGUCCUUUAUCGUUUUCAAGAUGGCGGCUAUGUCUAAUUCCCGAUAUAAGCCCUGCCAUAGUCACCGGUACCUGAUACACAUAACUAAUACAGUCUAAAUCCCCGUGUACCGUGGCCAAAUAUAAGGUUCAAUCGCUCAAUAAUUCCCCGCUAUUCCCCGGCAUUCCCCGGGUAGGGGGGUGCGGGCCAUCCGCAUUCCGCUGACUGGUGCAUAACGUUCCCAAAUUUCCUGAUCAUGGUGAUCGGCAGUCAUGACUUUCCCUGCUUUUUUCAGGUUGGAAACCGAACUCCUGCUUUUCCAACGAUCAUAGGCAAUUUCUUGCUGAUCAUUGAUCGGUGAUCGGCUGUUAUUUCAAGCUCUGUCUUAACAAUUUUGAAUUGAUACUGAUUUGAAAUGACUAAAGCCAUGUAAUAAUUAUUAAGGGCGAAAUUUUUAACGGAGGAAGAAAAUCCUAAAGGAAUGGUGAAGUUUCUAAAGGAGGGCGAAUUUCCUAAAAGGGGGCGAAUUUCCUAGGAAUUUCGCCCCCCGGGAGGGCGAUAUCACCCGGAAUUUCGCCACCCUGGUGGGCGAAAUUGUAGGGGGGGGGAGAAAUUCCUGGGACACCUGCAUUCCUGAAUCUGUGAUGUUUGUUUAGUUGCGUUCCGCAUAGAACAUCACAAUGUUUCCGCCGAACACUUGUUUGGUUAUGUUCUUUUAGUUUUUACAAACAGUCGGUCUAAAUUAUUAGUGCGUACGUCAUUAGUACGUUAUGGGGGCAGCCUCAAACUGAAUAAUGUGACAAAGGGCGACCCCAAUUUUUUAAUUCUUUCCUACUCAUUUUCAAUCUCUCUCCUUUAUCGUGUCCCACAAAAUAUUUCACCUUUUUAGUUCUUAUAAUUGUAGUUUCCAUAGUUUAUUACAUAUAUGCAGUUCACCAUAGGAGUCGGAGUAAAUAACAACCAUUUUGAACACUGGUCCUCUAAUUAUUUAGGCUACACAAUGUCUUACACCAGUACUUGUCCCAUUCCCUAUUUUACACCAAAAAAUGUAACGAAUUAAAUGUUGGAAGGGGGGUCCUAAAUUUUCUAGGUGAAGGUGGGGGCGUCUUGAAAAUAAAGGGGCGGCUAUAGAAAAAUUUUCAAUAUUUGGUAUUUAUCAAACACUUCCCCCCUCUCCAUCCCAUUAUUAAUGAGCGAUCCCUUCAGAACUUAGAAAUGAAUAGAUACAGUCAUGUAGACGUAAUAUAAUUACUUGUAUUUUUAAAUUUCUAAAAGCAACUACCCCACUACCUCUACUGAUUAGUUCGUUCUUAAAUAAAGAGAUUGAUUGAUUGAUUGAUUACCAAUUUACAACGGAGCUAGAGCUAUAUCACUGGAGUUUAUCGUCAGAUUUUCAAACUGGCUGAUGAGUUUACAUUUCGGGCUAAUUUGCAGUAUACUUGCCACCAGUUACCGACUUGCUUUUCACUGUUUUAAAGACUGCCUUAUAAUUACGUCAUUCUUCACCCAUUUGAAGGAAGGCAUUUUCAUCGCUCUAAUUUUUUUCAAUAAAGUUCGUUAUUGAUUACUUAGAACGAUCUGGUGGACGAAGAAGAUAAUUUAGAUGAGGAUGAUGAUUUAGACGAAAUAGACUUAGAAGAUGAAGAUGAUGCAGAUGGUGAUAUCGAUGGUGAUGAAGAUGAUGAUAUCGAUAAUGAUGAUGAUGAUGAUGAGGGUGAUGACAGUGAUGAUAUCGAUAAUGAUAAAGAUAAUGAUGGUAUCGAUCAGGAUAAUGAUGAUGAUGAUGACGAUGAUGAUAAUGACGAUAAUGAAGAUGAUGAUGAUGUUGAUAAUGAUAAUGAUGAUAUUGAUGAUGAUGAUGACGAUGAUGAUGAUGAUGACGAUGAUGAUGAUGAUGAUGAUGAUGAUGAUGAUGAUGAUGAUGAUGAUGAUAAAGAGGAUGAUGAUAAUAAAGAGGAUGGUAUUUAUCGCCAUCAUCAUGGUAGGAAACAUCAUCAUAGGGGAAGACAUCAUCACGGAAGAGGCCACCAUCACCGGAGGAGAGGACUAUGUGUAAUGGUAAGAUUUACAUUUUAUUUUCCAGCGGCAAGCCAGCACCAACUAAUUGGCUGCACGAUAAUCAUGUAAUUCCUUGGCACGAAACAUCCCCCAAGGAAAUUUAGUAAAUUUGCGAAUUUUGUUGUCUCCAGAACGCUAUAUUUCGUGCAUUUAAAAGUGACAAGUGGUAAUUCACUAUUUGCUUCCUGGUCCCUUGGAAUAUUUCUUUCGUAUUCGAAAAAUUGGUAAAUAUUGAGGUAUAAUUAUGGUUUAAAUUUUAAAUGCUGGAGAACGCACAUCUUUUAUAAGCGGCUAUGAUAAGUUAAGGGAUAAUUUCUGCCGAAUGUAAUGAAUAAAAGUUUUUGUGGCCUUGGAAAAUGUUAAAAUAUGAAUAAAAAUGUUGAUAUGAUGCUCAUGUCUCCGAAGGGAUUUUUAAUGAGGACUUGCAUGUCGUCAUAUAAAUACACAUAACUAUCAGGGCCGUCGCUAUGGGGGGCGGGGAUGACAACCCCUUAAAAACAGCUAUAGGCAAAAUAACGGAUUUAUCGGCAAAUUGUUUUCAUAUAGGCGGCGAAAAUAUUCAAAUGGCUCGGAUUAAAAAGUAACAGUUAUAGCAAAAAAUUGGAAAAAUUUACGAAUAUUAGUGAAAAAUUUAAAAAUUACGGUACAUUAAUGCGAAAGUUACUGAAAAAUGGUAUUGCCGGAAAUAUAAUCCUUCCUCCCCGCUCUCCAACAAUUUUGGGAAAAGAAAUAUUAAUUAGCGACUGAAAUGUUGUCGGUAAAUGCGAUACUACACCAUUCUACGUUAGCCUCUUCGCUACAGCCAUGUUAACUACAGGUUUCGUUUUUGCCUUUACCUGGUUGAACGAGGUGUUUCGAAGUUAUCAAUAUUUAAAUUUGUAUUUUUUGCUUUUGUUUGUAAUCUAGCGUUGCAGGAAGGUUGCAAUGGAAUGCC